CGACAAUAUGACUGAUAAUAAUGAUAAUAAAUCUUUUUGCCUUUUUCCAUCAAUAUCAUCAUCAUCAUCAAAAGCCGGUGUCGAUGGCCAUAAUACAUCGUCGGUCACAUUAUUCCCAAGUGUUGCAUCAUCGACAACGACAGUUCCAAUAAUAACAACAUUGCCACAAUGUUCAAGCUUUCGACAGAAUAUUGAUCUUAUCGAUAAGGAUGAUGAUAAUAAUCCAACUUUGGUGAAAUCUUCGAACACUGUCGUAAUUGAUUUGAGCAGCAAUGAUGAUUCAAAUUCCAGCGUCGAAUUUAUUAGCAAACGUAAGAAAAACUUGAAGAAAAAAGGUAAACAUAAACAUCGUCGACAUGAGAGAAAGAAAAAACCUGAAUCUUUAUCAGUAGAACGAGAAGUAUAUGACAAUAGCUAUCUAUCAUAUCUGCCGAAAGGAUCAAAAGCAAAUUUUAUCGAAGACAUACCGAAUUUACGUCCAGAGCAUGCAUUUCGUUUAGAUCGAAAUGGUGAUAAAAAUAAUCGUGCAUUUGAUAAACUUUAUGAACGUUAUGUUCCUAGAUAUCAUUCCAAACAUGUGAUACGUUUAUAUCAUCGUCAAGAAUCCAGUGUUGAUGAAAAAAAGAAGAAAAAAAUUCAAAGAUAUUUUCUACGAAAAAAAAAUCUGAAGCUGAAAUCCACUACCACAAAUAACGGCAACUUUAUCUAUCCAAAAGAUAAUGUUGUUUUCAGCCAAACAAAUAUCGAUUAUAUUCGUUUGAUUGAAAUCGAUGAUCUCGUGGAAUCUGCAUCGAAUAUUAAGAUGGCAACUACUGAACAGCCGAAAAUUCGAUUCGAAUCCUUGAAAGAUGUGGAACAAAUACGUCAACAACAGCAACAAGGCCCACAAACAUUACCCUCUGUACAGCAAUUAUUAAUGGAAUUGACACGAAUAUUUAAUCAAAAUCUUUAUGAAGAUCGGACCAGUGUAGAUAAAUGGAUUGAUUUUAUUCACUUUCAAGACCUGACCUAUUAUCAUGGUGUCCAUUCAUUUCAUGUUGAUGAUGAAACACGAAACAAUGAUACGACGACGUCAACAUCAUUGGAUAAUGAAAAAACAAUGAAUCGUAAAAAGCGAAAAUUUUGUGCUGAAAAAAAAUUUGAUAUCUGUACAAAAGCUUUGGAACAUAAUCGUCGUUCGGUGAAAUUGAAUCUAAUACGAUUGAAAUUAUUGAGCCAAUAUUCAGAUGAAUUACAGAAAGAUUGCCGUCAAGUAGAUGAUGAAUGGAAAAAUCUUUGUUUUCUAUUUCCAAAUGCACCAGAAACCUGGUUCGAAUGGAUUUAUCAUUCAAUGCGAUCUGAACGAAUGACGAAUUUUAAAUUUAAUCGUACAAGAAAAAUAUUCAAACAAGCAUUCAGUGCAUUAAGUCGUAAACAAUUGGAAGGACAAUUUCGUUCGCAUCAAAUUGAAUUAAAUGAAUUGGAAUCGAUUAUAGUGAAUUUGACGGAAUUUAUGGCCGAAUUUCUUCGUUCAAUUGAUCAAUACGAGAAAGCUGUUGGAAUAUAUCAGGCAUUGAUUGAAUUCAAUUUGUUUACACCGGAUGAAAUUGAUUUCAACGCAUCGAUCGAUGAUUGGAUAAUGUUAUUCGAACAAUUCUGGGAUUCUGGUGUAUCACGUAUCGGUGAAUAUUCGGCAUCAGGUUGGCUACGAUUUCAGAAAAAUGUAAUGAAAAAAAUGAUCAAUAUAAUACAAAUGAAAGAUGAAAGAAAUUUCGAAAAAUUUGGCACAGAAACAUUGAUGAACGAUUGUGAAGAUCGAAUUAUUUCUCAAGUGAAACAAUCAUUAUCUGAUGAUGAUCGAUUAAAAUCAUUAUGUUGGUUACACAUGGAACGAAUGCGUCAUCAAUUACAUUGGCUACCAAUCAAUGUACAAAUGUUGCCUGAAAAUCAUUCGAUGGAUGAUGUUGAAGAUCCAGAGCGAAUCGUUAUAUGUGAUGAAGAUCUUCGACCAUUUCUAUAUCGAUUACGAAAUCUUGAAUCAAAAUUUUCAUUAUCAUUAAAAUUUCUACGAUUUUUGGGCAUACCGUUCAUUCAAAAUGGUUUGAAUUCAGCAUAUUCAACCAGCUGUUUUGAAAUGGAAUUUUCACCGAUUCAUCAUCUUGUGCAGAAUGAUCAAUGUACAAUGGAAACCAAAUUGUUUGAAAAUUCACAUAGAUUCAACAAUAAUCGUUAUGGAAAUUAUUCCGAAUCAUUUGUAUUGAAACGUUUUGGACUGUUGGAUAAUUAUCGUUUACCAUUAUGUACGGAUAUUAUUGAUGAAUGUGAUCGAUUCUAUAGCCAAUCAUAUCAGGCUUUUGUAGAUAAUGUUUUUGAAAAACUUAUUGAUCAAUUUAUCACAAUUACUGAUUACCAAAUUCAAUUAACAUUACUUUGGAUUCAAUUUAAAAGACAAUUAUUCGAACAUAAACAAUUAACAUUGAUAAUGUUUAAGAAAUUCUUUAAAGAAAUUUUACGAAAAUAUUCAAACGACAUGGAAAAUUGUUUACAUUUUUAUCAUAUUUAUGGCCAAUUUAUGUCCGAAUGGGAUUUAAUCGAAUCGAUAAAAAUCUAUUCAACAACAAUACAAUUGAUUCCUACGCCAAUGCAUGCACCGAAUCUUUUACGAUUAACAUUAAGUUUUGUUCGAAUGUUAUUGAAUUUGGAUUCGAUUCUUGAUCAAUUUUUAACCGGAUCAUCAUCAUUGAUUUCAUCAAUCAAUUUAUUACCACGUUCAGCGAAUAAAACACAUAAUUUAGAUGUAAAUAAUUGUCAACAGAUUGCAUUGAAUACAUUGAUAGCUGUGAUAAACAAUGAUACAUCAUCAUUAUCAUCGUCAACAAUGGAACAACAAUAUCGAAAUAAUCCUGUACAAAUAUUGAAAGCAAUACAAUCGAUUCAAUGUAAAUGGACACGAUAUGAAAGUAAACAAUUGGAACAUGUUCAUGCAAUGAUAUUUUUACUUUACCUUAGUGGUGAUAGCUGCUACCAUCAACAACAACAAUCAUAUCAACAAUUUAUUGAACAACAAAUGCAACCAGAUUCUAUGAUUGAAUUUAUUCAUUCAUCAUCAUCAUACAAUGAUCAACAUUCAAUGGAUAAAAAUUUGGAGCGAAGUUUUUUCAUUCUUUACAUACAACUAUUAUUACGUGAUCAUAUUGCAAACAAUCACAACAACAAUAUUAUAACUACUAUCCGUCAUAUUCGUUCCAUUGUUGAUCGUGCCGUAACAUUAUUUCCAUCUGAUUCAUUAUUCUUAGCUAUUUUGGCUAGAUUAGAACAAAGAUUUACUGUAAUGACAAAAAGUCGAAAAUUUUUUCAUGAUUACAUCUCCAAUACAGCUGGACAGCUACAGAAUUAUUUGAUGAAAAAAUAUCUAAACAACAACAACAACAACAAUGAACAACAAUUUAAUGAUAAUUCUGGCCACACCAUUGAAGCAAUGUACAAUAUAUUUAUGGCCACAUUGCAUUCAGAAUUUCUUAUUUUGGAUAAAGCUACAUCAAUUGCAGAAGAUGAUUCGGGCUAUGAUUAUCGAAAUGGAUUAAUCAAUCGGAUACGUAAUCUAUUUGAACGUGCAUUGAAUUAUAAUAAUAAUGAUAAUGAUGGUAGUGGUGAUCAUCAUCAUCAUGGAUCGAUUGAUUGGCUUCUUGGAAGAUCAUUGGCACAUUGUCCAAUUAUUUGGAGAUUAUUCAUACGUUUUGAGGAACAUGAACGUCGACGUAAUAAUCGAUCGAAUGAUACGGCAUUCAAUUCAGCCAUCCUUUAUAGAGCAAUGCAAAUGUGUCCAAAUCAUAAACAAUUAUAUAUGGACUGUAUACAGUUAAUGCCGAAUGAUUGGAAAAAAUUGGUCGAUAUUAUGAUGGAUCAACAGAUACGUAUUCGUACAACUGUUGAAGAGAUUGAUCUAUACUUACAGAUGGAUAAAACAGUGGCGAAUUUAUCGAAAGAAUUUCAAGAUUUGAAAAAAUAAAAUUUCAAAAAUUUUUGUAAAUAAAAGAUCCACCGGAUUUAGUGACAUCUAUCGAUUGAUGGCUAGAAACAAUAUGGAUAUUUUGUUUAUUAUUUAUACAUACAUGGUUUUAUGUUUAUAAACCAAAAAAAAAAAAAAAAACAAACAAAACUGAAACCAAGAAAAAAAAACAACUGCAAUUUUUUGUGACCUUCAAUCGAAAUAGCGAAAAAGGGAUUUUCUCUUCGUGAAAGUUGGCAUGAAAAACAAAAAACAACAAAACAAAACAAAAAAAACAAUUCAUUCAAUGAAAACAACAGUAAAUCAGUCAUCAUCCAUAAGCCAUUCACACAAA